AUGCUUCGGCGCGCUCCCAGUUGGCGGGAUCUUGGUGUGGAGGGGGACCUGCCUGAAAGCACUGGCUCCUCUCAGAACUUAGCCUGGACUGGAAGUCCGGCUCCUGAGCGACGAGGAGAUAAAAGCAAAGAUGCCGGGGAGCAGCCCAUCUUCACCACCAAGGCACAUGUGUUCCAGAUCGAUGGCAACACCAAGAAAGACUGGAUUCCUGCAAGCAAAAGUGCCGUCAGUGUCUCUUUCUACUUUGACAGUAUUCGGAACACCUACAGAAUUAUCAGUGUUGAUGGUUCAAAAGCUAUUGUCAACAGCACCAUCACCCCAAACAUGACCUUCACCAAAACAUCCCAGAAGUUUGGCCAGUGGUCAGAUGCCAGGGCAAAUACUGUCUAUGGUCUAGGAUUUCCCUCGGAACAGGAGCUCACCAAGUUCAUAGAAAAGUUCAAGGAGGUGAAGGAGCUGACCAGACAGGCAGCCCAGACCCAGCUGAAGCAGAUGGAAACAAAUGGCGGUGUGGACAGUCACAUCCUGACACAGUCAAAAAAUCAGAACCUUCACCAGCGGACCAGCAGCCUUUCUUCCAUACAGACUGAUGUUGGUAAUUUGAGAGAGCGGAGAAAUUCUUUCACACAAGGAGGUAAUAAUGACCUUCCAUCCAGCACAUCCACAGAAGCACAGCUGAAGUAUGAGAACGACCGAUUGAAGCUAGCGCUUGCACAGAGCUCAGCAAAUGCAAAGAAAUGGGAAGUGGAGUUGCAGACGUUGAAAAACAACAAUGCCAGGCUGACUACAGCUUUACAAGAGAGCACAUCCAAUGUGGAUGAAUGGAAGAAGCAACUGGCAGCCUACAAGGAUGAGAAUGUGAGGCUCAAGAAAAAGUUACUGGAGGUGGAUAAAGGUGGUAGUGGUGGAGCAGAGAACUCUCACAAGGUAGCCCAACUGACUGAGCAGUUAGAGAGACUCAGACAUGAAUAUCAUAGCAAACAAGAGGAAAUACAAAGGCUGAGUGCUCAGAUUGAAGAAUUGAAAGCAUCCGAGGGUCAGAGCUCAGCAUUGCAAGCAAGAAUCAAGUCAUUAGAGGGUGAAAACCAGUCCCUCAGCUUAAAACUCCAGGAUUCUCAAAGGCAGCUUCAGGAAUCAAGGACACAGGCAGAGCAGGAGCAAAGGGAAAUCUUAAGGCUGCAGGAAAUAUUGGGUGCCAAGAUAAGUGAACUGUACGAAACACAUGAAAGUAUUGUAGCUACACUCAAACAUGAGUCCAACAGCUAG